AUGGCCAUUAAUACCGAUGCCAAUUUUGCUACAAGCACCUUAGGCGAGACUGGUGCGUCGCAGUCGGGGGAAUUUGGAGAUACUCAGAAACUUCUUUGCGUCAGAGCCACAGAGUCAAAAGACGGGUUCAAAACUUCUGACUCGCGUAGGGGGAGUGCGAAAUCGUUAAAUGCGGAGCAGAAUGGACACAGGUCGCCAUUUAGAUCAAGAUCUGCUGGAAAUGUAACUACGGCGUCACGCUCUCCGUCUCCUCUCAGCUUUAGCCGUGCGUCAUCACCAGCACCAAACGUGCCGGAACCCCAAAGCUUUAUGUGGCUUGCCUUAAUCUCAUGUUUUUGUCCCUCCGUUCCACUGAACAUAUUUGCGCUUUAUUUUGCGCAUGUGUCACGCUCCAUGAUACAGGCAAAUGAUUUUGAGGGAGCAAAAAAACUGGGACGGCGUGCAUUGAUCUUCAGUAUCAUGGCGAUUACUUUGGGUCUGAUUGUAAUUCUUUAUUUGGCGAUCACAGGGAGUUGAUAUUUUGUUGUAUAGAACACCAUGGAGGAUCUAUUGGACAUUAAAUAGUCUUAUGAAGAGGUGACCUGGUGUAGCAGAAUCUUCAACCUAAAGGAAAAAUCAUUCAGAUGUCAAGCAUCAAGUCAUAUUCUGGACAAUGCACAGAAUACACUUAUCAAUAUGGAUUUCUAAUGCAUGGUGUGCCUCAGUUUGUGUUCUCUGAGGUAUCAGAGAAAGUCUACUUCAGGGCUAUCUUGUUUCAUUUUCAUGGCUGUGUUGACACCUUGAUAAAGAUCAGUGUUAUCAAACUUUAUUAUUUUAUAAUCAUAUGACCAAAUGCACUCAUGAGUAGAACUGUGCUGAUUAAACUUAAUAAAAUAGAAAUAGAAAUAAAAAAUACAAG